AUGGAGGCGGAAGUGUUGGACGCAAGCAACCCCUUUCCACCUGAAGGCGACAACCCGAUUCUGGACUCCGACCUGUAUGGCGCAGAUGGCUUUGAUAUCCCAGACCCUGGGCUGCUCACGGAAAAGAAUGAGUUGUCAGAUUUCACCGCGCCGCCGCAGGACCUGCGGACUUUGACCCGCAGCCAGCGGUGGCAAAACAUGAACCUGCGCGCCCGCGCCCGCCAGCUGUGGCUGCUCCUGCGUACAGGCCUCCAUGACAUCGUGGAAAAGGAGAAGAGAGCGGAGCUGCGCGUGGCGCGCUUGACGCAUGGGCUGGAGCCGCUGCGCUGCCUGGAGGUGGCGGCGGGGCUGCGCUCCGUGGCGCAGGACCCGGUGGGAGGACGCUUUGUGGUGCUGGACGGCGCGGGCUGCCUGCACCUGCACAGAGAGGACGGCUGGGCGCAGGAGAAGCUGCCGGCCCCCGUCGCGCUUUCAGGGCUGGUGACGGUGCUGGGUCCCCUGGGCGCUGUGGGCCGCUUUGUAGGGUGGGGCCCCUCGGGGCUGGCCAUACUAGGGCCCGACUUCAGCCUACUGUGGCUGAGUGAGCCGGGGGUGGGCAGGGCACCAGGCCGUGAGCCCACCUGCUGCCUGCCGGUGCCCUACCCGGGGCUGCUGCUUGUGGCCGAGGUGGGCGGUGGCCUGGAGCUUUGGAAGUUCCGCUCAGGUGGUCGCCGCCUGGUACCGCGAGGGUCACGCAUGCGGCCGACGCCGAACCUGGCAGGCCCGCUUAUGCGUCUGGCUCUGGGGCCGGCGCCUCCCCACCGCGUCCCGCGCUGCUUCGCUGCCUGUGGCUCAGCCGUGCUCAGCUUUGAUCUGCAGGCCUGGGCCCUCCUCGACGUGCACCGGGAUCUGCACAAAACCACGAUCUCGGACCUGGCGUACUGCGAAGGGGCAGAUGCCAUGGUGACGGCUUCCCGGGACAGCACGGUGAAGGUGUGGGAGGCCGACUGGCAGAUCCGGAUGGUGUUCGUGGGCCACACAGGCCCGGUGACAGCUCUGGCCGUGCUCCCGGACACCACCCUGGUGGUGUCGGCCUCUCAGGACGGAACGCUGCGCACAUGGGACCUGCAGGCGGCAGCACAGGUGGGCGAGGUGGCUCUGUGCUACUGGAGCCAGGACGUGCUGUCCGGGCGCGUGAGUCGCCUCCUGGCGCCCGCGCGCCCGGGCUGGCCGGUGCUCUCCCUGCGCGCGAGCAGCGUGGAGCUGUGGCGCGUGCGCGAGCUCUACUCGCAGCUGGCGCAGCUGCCCGCGCCCGUGCUCCACCUGCAGGCGGCACCCGCGUUGCCCGCACCCGCCCACCCGCCGCUGCCCGUGCGCCUGGCGUGCGCGUGCGCCGACGGCUCGGUCUACCUGGUGUCGGCCGUGACCGGGCGCACCGUGAGCGCGCUGCUGCUGGAGCCCGACGACCCCGCGGCGGCCGUGGCCUACUGCCUGCCGCGCGAGUCGCUGUGGCUGCUGACGCGCGCCGGGCACCUGGUGCGUGCCAACGCCGCGCGCUGCCCCAUGCGCGUGCUGCACCGUGUGCGCCCGCCGCCGCCGCCGGCGCCGCGGCCCUGCUGCCUGCACCUGUACAGCCACCUGACGGAUCCCGGCAGCGCCUGCGCCUCCUGGGCGACCGUGCGCCAGCACGGGGGCGAGCCGCUCCACAGCGCCGUGGCCCGGCCCUGGGAGAACAAGAACCGGUACCUGCCGGUGCUGGGGUACACGGACGGCUCGCUGUCGGUGCUCGAGUGGCGCUCGUCCGAGACCGUCUUCUGCACGGAGGCGCACAGCCCGGGCCCCGUCACCGCCGUGGCAUCCACCUGGAACAGCGUCGUGUCUUCGGGCGGGGACCUGACGGUGAAGGUGUGGCGCGUCUUCCCCUACACGGAGGAGAGCCUCAGCCUGCUUCGCACCUUCUCCUGCUGCCACCCGGUGGUGACGCUCUGUGCGCUCGGCACACGCGUCACCAUAGGCUUUGAGGACCAGGACAGUGCCACUUACGGCUUGGUACAGUUUGGCCUGGGCAACAGCCAGCGCUGUGACCACCGGCCCCAGGAUGACCCCAUGGACCACAUCACCGGCCUGUGCUGCUGUCCCACGCUCGAGCUGUACGCCUGCUCCAGCCUGGACUGCACCGUCCGCAUCUGGACAGCCGAGAACCGCCUGCUGCGACUCCUGCAGCUGGAUGGUGCCCCUCAGGCCCUGGCCUUCUGCAGCAACAGUGGAGACCUGGUGCUGGCACUGGGCUCCCGCCUUUGCCUGGUGUCCCAUAGCCUCUACCUGCCCACAACCUAUCUGGUUAAGAAGCUGUGCCAGGAGACCCCUGAUGUGCUGGAUGACCCUCCACUGCCACUGACCAGCCAGGAGUCUCUGACCUCUGCCCAGCUGCAAAGGCUCGCCAACCUGCACAGGGCAGCCAGCCUCAGAUCUGCUGGCAGGCCUGCUCAGCCAUCCUGGAGGCAUCCCCCUCAGGACUUGGAAGCCCUAGUGGCCCGGGACCGAGAUCUUCAGCAGCUGAAGCUGGGGCUAGUGGUCCCAGAAGCCCGGCCCCCCCUCUCCUGGCAGCAGUGCCAGGAAGCCUUUGACAAUUACCUACGUCUGAUCUAUGGCCCUGGCCUACUGGGUGUGCGGUCUGGAAGGGAGUCCCAGCCAUGCAGCACCAUGACCCUCAAGGUGGAGAGAGAGACCUGGGACAUCUGUACCCUGCCAAGAGCUGCCCCCUGUCUCGGGUGGGCUGGGGUCAGCACCAAAGGCCAGGCAGCACCAACAGCCCUGCCCCCACAGGACCUGGGGGCCCAGGGCCAGCGCUUCUCCCGCCCUCCCCGAGUUGCAUUGCCCAUCCCACCCCGCCGGAGAGUGCACAGCAAGGCGUCCCGGCUUCUGGCCCGUUCCUCCCUGAGCUAUGAUCUGGGCCUCAGUCUGGAUCUGCAGCUGCAGUCACGGCAGCUCCGAGGGGAGGCACCUGUGGCUCUGGACCUGCCCUCCUCCCACUUGCAGCACAGGAUCCCACUGCUGCUGAAGAGACAGCCCAAGGAGGCUCUCUCUAACCUCGGGGGCUUCUUUCCUGCCACCACACAGCCCCAUAAGCACUGCUCACGACCGGUCAGCUUCCCUGGCUGCGUGCCCAACUCCAUGGUGCUGCAGCAGAUGUGGCUGCCUGCAGAGCAAGGCUGGAACCAGGAUGACCUGUGGCUGCAGCACCCCAGGCAGUUCCACACCCACUGGCAGAGGAAGCUGAUCCAGUGGCUGGGGGCGCUGCCCGGGGAGGAGGAGGCGGCGGAGCAACCGGACCUGGACGUGGACUGGGUCUCUGAGUCCCUGAGCCCACACAGGUCAGACUCUGAUCAGCAGCUGGAUUCCAGAGAGCCAGAGGCUCAGGCCUCUGCAGACUUGACCCUGGAGCCCCCACGCUCCUACGAGGCUGCCAGCACCAAGAGCUUUCACCCCCAGGACCAGUACAGGCACUCGCUCUGGGAAGAGUGCUAUGGGCAUUUGCCCAGUUUCCUGCAAUUUUUCGUCAUCCAGGAUUGGUUCAAAAAGCUGUUCCCCAUCUUUACUCUGCAGGCAUACCCAGAGGCAGGCACGGUGGAGGGCCUGGCCUCGCUGCUGGUGGAGCUGCUGGAGGAGGCCUCCUGGGCCGACCGCGUACACAUCCUCCAUGCGCUGCUGGGGCUGCUGCCUGACGUGGGCAGCAAUUUCUGUGUCCGGCUGCAGGGCAUCCUUCUGCACUUGCUCAACAUGGACCAGCCCCCCAGCCUCCAGGACCGAACUCAGAAGCAGUUCGUGAUGCUGGCACUGCAGCUGCUCCUGGCCUGCUCCCUGGAGUCCCACGACGUGGUGCUGGAGCUCAUGUCCUACCUCCUCUACUCUCCAGCCGUCUGCCGGCCUGACCUCAAGAAGCUGCUGGAUGGGCUGGGCCUUCAGGACCCACAGGGCUUCCUGUUCAAGGAGAUGAUGACCUGGGUCCAGGGACUGGACCUUGACUCCAAGGACGCACUGCGCAAACGCUGCUGCCAGAAGCUGGAGGACAUGAUCCAGCAGCUGCAGGAGGCCCCCUCAGAGGCUUCCCUGGUGGCUGGGGUGCCUGCACACGUCUCUAUGACACCCUCAGGCCCCUCCUGGCCGCCCUUAAGCAUCUCCAAGACGCUCUCGCAUGUUUUGGAGGUGCCCUCGCUGGUGACCUGGCCAGACUUGGCCACCCCAGACUCGGCUGCCUUGGAGCUCCAGGCCGAGCAGCUGCUGGUGCCAGCGUGUGCCCAGCAGACCAGACGCACGCUCUGUGAGACACUGCAGACCUUCUGCUUUGUGCCUGAUGCCCACUUGGGCCCCUUGGUGCCCAGCACGCUGCCUGGCAGGCCACUGCCGCUUGAGAAGACGGACUGGUCGCAGUCACAGAUGGUGGACCUGGGCCUCAUUGAUGCACUCAACUUGUUCUGCGAGAGGCAGGCGCAGCAGCAGGGCUUGCUGCAGGAGGCUGAGCCCAAGCACUCGCACCCGCAGCUGCAUCUGCCAGUGCCCAACACGGUGGUGCCACCGCCCCGGGACCGCUGGCGCUACCCCAUCCUCCGGCUUCAGGAGGUGAAAGUUCAGAGGUCUGGGAUGAGACUGAGGGGUGAGAUGCCCUCCCGGCUCCGCACAGGCGGCGCGCUCGACGGCCCCGUGCGGACACUGAAGCUGCCGCUGCCGCGGGUGGCACUGCAGCCUUUCCCUCCGGACUGGCCCAGGCCCGCCCGCCCGCUGCCCCCGCUGCUGCUGGAGCCCACCCUGCAGCGCUACUUUCUGCUGGACCACACUGACCCUGACAGCUGCAGCUGACCUGCCU